AUGACGUCGCCAGCCGCCGCCGCCGCCGCUGCGUCCCCUUCGCCGCCGUCGUCCCCGUCCUCCACAGCAGCAGCACAAGCAGCAGCUCCAGUAGCACCGCGUCAAGCUCAAGACGCACCUCCCGCUCCCGCGCAGCCUCUCCCGCGCGCGCGUCAAAUCGUGAGCAUCAAUGACGAAGGCACGAACUUCUCGCUCGACGACGAGGCGCUCCAAGCGAUUUUCCAGCAAGUGCCGGACGACAUGAAGGUCGCGAUUGUAUCGGUCGUGGGCGCCUUCCGUACGGGCAAAAGCUUUCUGCUCGAUCUGUUCCUCCGCUAUUUGCGACACGCGCAAACGAGUGCGCGUUCAGCGCCUGCGAGCGACUCGUCUGCGAGCAUUGCGUGGACACUCGAAGGCGUGAGCGGCCGUCGUGAAGUGACGUUGGAAGGCAACUCGAACGUCGACCAGAGCGGGAGCGAGAAGGGCUUUUCGUGGCGCGCAGGGCGGAAACGCAACACGACGGGCAUUUGGAUGUGGGACACGCCGUUUCGGCGCACGAGUCAGAGCGGCGAAGAGAUUGCAGUGUUUCUCAUUGACACGCAGGGCAUGUUUGACUCGGAGACGUCGCAGAUGCUGACGGCCAGUAUCUUUGGCUUGAGCACGCUGCUGAGUUCGUACCAGAUUUACAAUGUCGACAAGCGCGUGCAAGAGGAUAAUUUGCAGCACCUUGCGCUGUUCACCGAGUAUGGACGGAUGGCGUUGUUUGGCGAUUCCAAGUCGAAUGAAGAGCGGCAAAUGGUGGAGCGGGCGACGUCGAUCGCUUCGACAGUGUUGUCCGAGUCCCCACGUAGUGUGGACAAGGCGGCGGCGUUCUCGGAAAGUGAGCGGGACGACGAUGAUGACGACGACGCGAAAAAGGACGAAGAGGGUAGUGAAAAAGAAGCGGCGCUUGACAACGAGGUUCGCCAGCGUGCACGUCCGUUUCAGCGUCUCGACUUUCUGGUGCGGGACUGGCAGGACUUUUCGCGAAACCAGACACUGGCCGAGAAGCGGGAAGACAUGAGGCAGUAUACGGCCGAGAUGCUCUCGUCUCGCAAGCAGAAGGACCUGGCGGACACGCGCGAACAGAUCAGCUCGUGCUUUGAAAAAGUAGCGUGUUUCUUGUUGCCCCACCCCGGCCACGCUGUGACGGAGCGCGAAUACGAUGGGUCGGUGGAAGCGAUUGACGACCGUUUUCUAGAGCUGCUGACAGCGUACCUGGACGAACUCUUUGCUCCGGCAAACUUAGUCCCGAAGAAGAUCCAUGGUAUCACUGUGAACUCGCGCGAGUUGUUGACGUACAUAAAGACAUACGCGGGACUGUUCCGCGAGGCGUCUAUUUUUCCCGAGGCAAAGACUCUACUGGAGGCGACUGCGGAAGCCAACAAUGUGAAUCAGCGCAACAAGGCUCUGCUCAUGUACAAACGCGAGAUGGAGAAGAUUGCGGGCUCAAAGUGUCCAUACGUCCCUGUGCAGGAUCUCAAAAAGUACCACCUAACGUGUUUGGAGAAUGCCAUGGCUUCGUUCGAUGAAGGCGCGCGCAUGGGUCGCCAUAGUGAGAUCGUGCGGUACCGCAGUGAAGUGGCCGACCAGAUCGAAGAGGAGUGUCACCGUUUCUUGGAGAUCAACGCCGAGCGUGAUCCGUACAAGAACCUGGAGUUCUACCUUAUUCCAGGGUGUCUAGCGCUGGCGCUGCUCGUGUUCCGCGUUUCGCAGGACCUCUUUUGUUACGAACACAUUGGCUACGACAUUCCACUCUACGACUGCAAGCAUGUGAGCCACACGCUAUCGCACUUGUAUUGGGCACUGAUCGUGUUCAUGCUACUGAUCAUGAUGUCGACUGGACAAGUGAUGUUCAAGCGCGUGAAGACUGUAAUUUCUAUCGUCCAAGCCGCGUUGGACGCUUCGAAAGACAACAGCAAGGAGAAGAAGGACUAG